ACUACUGACUCUUUAUGUCGAAAUCCAUGGCUAUGCGAAUAUAUAAGUUGAGGGUAGAAUCCUUUAAUUGAGUCAAAAUUUUAUAGUUGUUUCUUUCUUUUCUUUUUGGUUUUUAUCUAUCCAGAACAUAUCCAACUUACCGUCUUUCGUUCAAUUACAAUGCAAUUCUCCACCGUCGCCUUAUUUGCUGCUGCUGCUGCCUUAGUUGCUGCUGAUGUCACUGAAACUGACUUAUCUACCACUUUAGUUACCUUAACUGAAUGUCCAGAAACCGUCACCAACUGUCCAGCUAGAGUUUCUACCUCCGUUGUUGCUGCUCAAAACAUCUCAUCCGCCGCUAACGUUUCUACUUACGAAGGUGCUGGUGCCAAGGUCCAAUUCGCUGCCGGUGCUGCUGCUUUAGCCGCUGGUGCUUUAUUAGCUUUAUAAGUUUGUUAACACUAUCAGUUAAUUAUUAACAUAGUUUUAUUUCUUGUUUAAAUUUUCUACUUAGAAUAGUCGUUAUCUUAAUUUAUACCAUUGUUUUAU